UGACAUGUAUUUAGACACAAUCGGGUGUGGGGGCUGUCGUUGGUUUAGGAGUUGUAUAUAAGCAGAACGAAAUCACUCUAAAUCAUUUCUGAGAGAGCUUUUAAUCACUGAGGACUUGAGACAUAACAACUGUGGCCAACGAUAAUAUUUUAGCUCUGAACUUGUAAAACGACUAUUAGUCCUAGGAGUUAGGGACACAUUUAAAACUUUGAGAAACCAAGGACAGAGUUACUAGAACUUCAUCUGUUGGGGACUGGUAUUCUAAUAGGGUGAAAACGGACUGAAAACAAAACACAUUCUCUACUCUUGAGGUUACUUGGUGCUGAUACAACUGCGUUAUGGCCACUUUCAGGUGUACGAUGUUGCCGUGUUCCACGAAUAUGCUACUGAAACACAUUCUUGCACUCAUGUGUGCAUUGACGAUAGCAAGUGGUUGUUUCAUAAGGAAUUGCCCGUCCGGAGGAAAGAGAACAAUGGAAGAUUUUGACACUUCACAUCACAGACAGUGUAUGUCAUGUGCUGACGGGAGAGGCCAGUGUGUCGGGCCUAGUAUAUGCUGUGUGGAAAAGGGAGGAUGCCAUGUGGGCACAUCAGAGGCCGAUGUAUGCAAAAAGGAAAACGAAUCUAAUACUCCAUGUUCCGUGAAAGGAAAAAGUUGCGACAGCAGCCUUUUUAUGGGCAAGUGUACUGCGGACGGCAUAUGCUGUAAUUCAGAGUCCUGCGUAAUGGACGAUAACUGUCGGACUGCAUUUUCAUCAAAAUAUAGCAAAGAGUUUCUACUUUUUGUGAAGAAUUUACUAGAAAGUGCCAAGAAAGAUCAACACUGAGACCCUCACAAGAGGAACGAGUUUAAAGGGAGUCUCCCAGCAUUACAAACGCGUUCAAUGGCAGAUUAACAAGCUGAAGCAAAAAAGAAAAAAAGGAGUUAUAAUGUUUUUGCGGUUUCAUGUCCUUUAUAUACAUACAUAUUUUAUGACUAAUAUACCUGAGAAUUUUCAGAAACCGGUUAGUUCGUAUUUUUGUACUCAAACCAAACUGACAUCAAAUCUGUUAAUUGGUGCACACUAAAGACUUUCUGCACUUUCUGUUGAAUUCUAAAAAAAUUACAUAGUGUUUUAGAGGGUUUUGAAUUUAGCAUGUUGGUGGUCGGAAACGGUAAUAUCAUUAGUCACUUUUGAAUGCCUUAUUGAUGUGGACUAAAUUAGAAAUGACACACGAAACUGCUAUCUUGUAUGAUAUUAGUAAUUAUGAUUAAAGCAUAUUUCCUUUUUGUACAAUUUUCUUAACUUUUUUAAAGUUAAUAGUAUUGAAUAUCAAUAUGUAUAGCACUAUUCCGUUAAACGCUUAAGUUUGUCCUGUAUAAAUUUGAUAAGGAAAGAGGGCACGUAAGCCAUGACAGGUUGUCCCUCGUCGGCCGAACUAUUGACCUGAGAUGAUAGCCUUGUCUAAGGGACAUAAAUCUUCAAUGUUAACUAACGACUAGCGGCGGAGGAUACAAAUGUGAACGUCAAUCAAAAAACCUUAUAUAUGUACACGUUCACUCAGUUCAGUGAAAUUCUUUUUUAAGAGAAUCAAUACAUAAUUUUUGUGUUAAACAAACUGCUUUGUAAAGUUAACGCUUUAAAUUUAUUUAUGUUUUGUUCUUGCACUAGCUGUCACGUGCUGAGAUUGCACCUGUGCUGAGAUUAUCCCGUCAAAUAAAAAUGAUAUGAUAUGAACGGAGACGUGUUAGUCAAAGAGAGUUAAACCGGAUCGCUGAAAAUAAAAUAUGAUUAGAAACACAGGAUUGAAAGACGAGUGAGGUUCAUUUUGGAUUCUCGCACACAAUUGUCGGUGGUUGGUCUUUUCAACCAUACAUUUAGUUAUUUAUCAUGAAUAAACACGAUUUACGAAGA